AUGAGGUUUGUAGGCGUCUGCUCUAAUGUGACAGUGCACUGCUGUUGUUCUGAAGCUCGCAGUCAAGUGCCCGCUUAUUGGCUGGCUGUGAGGUGAAAGGUUGUUGCUGUCGUCAAAUCUGCUCUGAGGACUGGGCUCUGGAGGCAGAGCAGGACAUAUUUGGGAAAGGUACUGAUGAGAGGAAAUGGGAAGCAGUCGCAGGCAGGGGCUAGCAGACGGUGCACUGGCAGGAUGCUGAUUUGCCACAGCAGGUUUCAUCUUUGGAACCUCCCAGAGCCUAUACAUACCUAGCCCAAAGCUAUAGCCUACGUUAUGACGACAACCAUUUUUUCGACUGACGACGACUUUCGCGUGCGGCAGACAAGACAGCAAAACGUCUGGAUGAAUGUACACCUAUUUUAAUCACAGAAAUGGCAUGUAAAUAGUGCCUUUGGUGCAUUUGGACGAACCGUGGAUGCGCGCCGAUUAGUAAUUUACCGGUGUUACAGCUUCAGAAUUUUUCCCGAAAAGACGCGUCUCUUACCUCAUUUGCAAGGAUAUGUCGGCGCAGUCCCAUCAUCAAUAACCAAUGUGGGAUAGUCUACGGGGAAUAAUAAUUUUGACACCGCAUUUUGGCCUGUGUUGAAUUGAUUCAUUAUAUUCAGCAGACGAUAAGGCAUAAACAAUGGCGGGCCCAGAGCAGUCCAAGCAGCAGCAGGUAGAGGAGAAAGCUGAGCACAUAGACGACGCUGAGCUCGCUCUUCAAGGUAUCAACAUGCUUCUCAACAACGGAUUCAAGGAGAGCGACGAGCUUUUCAGAAAAUACAGGACUCACAGUCCACUGAUGAGCUUUGGGGCCAGUUUUGUCAGCUUCCUGAAUGCCAUGAUGACCUUUGAGGAGGAGAAGAUGCAGACGGCGUGUGACGACCUGAGGACCACAGAGAAGCUGUGCGAGAGUGACAACGUUGGCGUCAUAGAGACAAUCAGGAACAAGAUCAAGAAGAGUUUGGAGUCCCAGAGGUCAGGGGUCGUGGUUGUGGACCGCCUGCAGCGACAGAUCAUUGUGGCCGACUGCCAGGUCUACCUCGCUGUGCUCUCCUUCAUCAAGCAGGAGCUCUCAUCAUACAUCAAAGGAGGCUGGAUCCUCCGUAAGGCCUGGAAGAUGUACAAUAAGUGCCACAGUGACAUCAGUCAGCUGCAGGAGACCUGCGUGAGGCGCUGUUCCUCCCAUGAGGAGGAUCUAUCCUCAGACCAGGCCAACCACAACACCCCAGUGGAGGGUGCUGUGACUGCAGAGGCCCUGGACCGACUCAAGGGCUCCGUCAGCUUCGGCUACGGCCUCUUCCAUCUCUGCAUCUCCAUGGUACCACCACACCUGCUCAAGAUCAUCAACCUGCUGGGUUUCCCUGGCGACCGUCUCCAGGGUCUGUCCUCCCUCAUGUAUGCCAGUGAGAGUAAGGACAUGAAGGCCCCGCUAGCUACAUUGGCCCUCCUGUGGUACCACACAGUAGUGCUGCCUUUCUUUGCUCUGGAUGGUUCUGACACUCAGGCAGGCCUGGAGGAGGCCAAGGCCAUUCUCCAGAGGAAGGCUGUGGUCUACCCCAAUUCCUCCCUCUUCAUGUUCUUUAAAGGACGGGUUCAGAGAUUAGAGUGCCAAAUUAACAGUGCUCUGGUGUCCUUCCAUGAUGCACUAGAGCUGGCAUCAGACCAAAGAGAGAUCCAGCACGUGUGUCUCUAUGAAAUUGGCUGGUGCAGUAUGAUCGAGAUGAACUUUGAGGAUGCGUUUAGGUCAUUUGAGAGGCUGAAGAAUGAGUCCCGAUGGUCACAGUGUUACUAUGCCUACCUGACUGGAGUAUGUCAGGGAGCUGCAGGGGACUUAGAUGGUGCCAAGGAUGUCUUCAAAGAUGUCCAGAAACUGUUCAAGAGGAAGAAUAACCAGAUUGAGCAGUUUGCCCUCAAGCGGGCAGAGAGACUGAGGAAGAUGUCUCCCACCAGAGAGCUGUGCAUUCUGGGAGUCAUAGAGGUGCUGUACCUGUGGAAGGCUCUGCCCAACUGCUCCUCCUCCAAACUGCAGCUCAUGAAUCAGUUGUUACAGAGUGUGGAUGACGCAUCGUGCAGAGGUCUGAAAAACCUCCUUCUCGGUUCCAUCCACAAAUGUCAUGGAAAUAAUAAAGAUGCCAUCCAGUCGUUCCAGCUGGCUGCCAGAGAUGAGUUUGGUCGACAAACCAACUCUUAUGUGCAGCCAUACUCCUGCUAUGAGCUUGGAUGUGUCCUGCUUGCCCAGCCAGAGACGGUGGGAAAAGGGAGAGCAUUUCUGCUUCAGGCAAAGGAGGAUUAUGCAGGCUAUGACUUUGAGAACAGACUUCACGUGCGCAUCCACUCAGCCAUGGCCACGCUGAAGGAAGUGGUACCCCAAUGACCCCGCCCACCACUGGACGAAUAACGAUGAGGCAACUACUCCGUCUCCAGCUGUGCACUUGAUGAUAUAGGAAACAUGGCUAUUUUCUAUUCAAAACCACAGUAUGACUCAUCAGACAAAAUAGUCCUUUUUCUGUUAGAUGUUUUACACAUCCAAAUACAAUAAACCAACAAUUUCAUAGUCAUUAGCAUUUUCUUCUUAAUCUGGUGGAGGGUUUUAGCCCUGCAAACCUUCCUUCCAUUCUUUGGACCAUACGUAAUGGUACAUAGGAUACUUCUUGAAGAGGCACACCUUAUUCUCAUUGUCAGCUUUUCUUGACUACAGGUAGUAACAGUACAGUUAAACAGUAAGUAAACUUGUCCUUUGUGUUCUUGUCAUGUUCUUGGGAAGACAUGUACAAGAGAUGUUCGAUUACAACCCAUAAUCGUGAUCAAAUGGUUAUUUGCCAAUUGUUUGUGUUUGCCUCAUGUGACAAGGCAAGACAAAGGUUCUUGAUUGUAUUAGUUGUCGCUGUUGUAGUACCCUCUUAUUGACCAAUAUCCAUACAAUUAUCGCCUCUGGUUUUUCAGAAAUGUGUCCUAGAUUAAAUGGCCCUACUUUGCUUGUCAUGAUGCCAACAAACAUAGAUCAUUUUUUCUGCAAUGAGAAAGUAUUAGUGAAGUUUUAUGGUGACAACAACCCCCUAAAUGAUGGGACAAGUACUUAGUGGCCUGCUACCUUGUAGUAUUGUAUUACGCAGCGUGCCAUACAGAGUGUACUAUGCCAUGCAGUGAAACCUUGUAAUAUUAGUGUCAGGUACCUUGAAUUCUGAAUAUUAUGAAAUUGCUUUUACAUUCUGACAUUCACAUAUUAGCUUACAAAUAACAUGCACUUCUAAAAUGUUUUGUAACAUUUUUGCACAAUGCAAUAUCAAAACAAUGUUAUAGAUGAUUUAUUUUAGUUUACAAGCAGUGGGCAUUGAUCUGCACACUAUGCAUGCAAUGACAGGGGUAUUAUUAGUGACCCAAGGACCUGAAAGAUCCUUUUCUACAGCUGUGUACUAUGAAUCGGAACAUUUUCUUCCUGAGAUACUUUAGAUGACAACAGAACACAUUUAUAUUAAUAUUUACUCUGGUUUUUAACAAAAUUCAACAAGGUCCUCAUUAACUACAGGCAUUGUAAUAAUCAUGGUAGGUUUUAGGUUACUGUACAAACUGGACAUUAAAGCUUAAUACUCUGUCA